AUUAGCUCAGUCAUAAUCACCAUGUUAGUAUAUAAAAGUGGUCGCUAGCGGUGAGAAACUCUACUUCAAGCAGCAAGAUGAGGGGGUUACUGGUUCUAACCGCUCUUUUUGUGGCUGUGUUUGGCAAGUUGACUUUUGAGGGAGACCAGGUUCUUCGGAUCACAGCACAAAAUGCGGAGCAGAUCGCUCUCCUGAAGGAACUCCCUGAAGAGAUUCUCGGACUGGACUUCUGGAUGCCACCCUCUCGCGUGUCUCUGCCUGUGGAUGUUCAUGUCCCGUUUCACAGCCUACAGGGAGUCAGGGCAUUCCUGGCAUACCAUCAGAUCCCGUAUUACGUCAUGAUUGAGAAUGUCCAGGCUUUGCUGGAUGAUGAGGAACGUGAGAUGGUGAAAUAUCGUUCCUUUCCAAGAAGCACCGAUGACUUUGUCUACACCACCUACCAUGAUCUGAACUCUGUUAAUUCUUUCAUGGACAUGCUCGUGGCAGAGAACAGUAAUCUGGUCAGCAAAAUUGAGAUUGGUAAGAGCUACGAGGGCCGCUCCUUGGACGUCCUGAAGUUCAGCACUGGAGCGAACCGUCCAGGUAUCUGGAUCGACACUGGCAUCCACUCCAGAGAAUGGAUUACAACGGCCACCGCAAUCUGGUCUGCCAAAAAGAUCGUGACCGAUUAUGGACGUGACCCCGUCCUCACUGACAUCCUUAACAACUAUGAUAUCUUCUUGGAGAUCAUCGCCAAUCCUGAUGGUUUCGUAUACACCCACAGCAAUGACCGCAUGUGGCGUAAAACCAGAAAGCCAAACCCGGGCUCCAGCUGUGUUGGCGUUGACCCCAACAGGAACUGGGAAGUUGGCUUUGGAGGGCCUGGUGCCAGCAGCAACCCGUGCUCUCAAACCUACCAUGGUCCCAGCGUUCAUUCUGAGCCUGAGGUCAAGGCCAUUGUGGACUUUGUAACAUCUCAUGGCAAACUAAAGGCCUUUUUGUCCAUCCACAGCUAUUCCCAGAUGCUCCUCUAUCCAUAUGGAUACACAAGAACUCCUGCAAAGGACCAGGCUGAACUGCAUGAACUCGCCAGAAAGGCCAUCUCUGAACUCCAGUCCUUACAUAACACUGCCUACACAUAUGGCAGCGUCAUUACUACCAUCUACCAAGCUGAUGGAAUCACUGUUGACUGGACCUAUGAACAGGGCAUCAAGUACUCCUACACCUUUGAGCUGAGAGACACUGGCCGCUAUGGUUUCCUCCUGCCUGCCGAUCAGAUCCUCCCCACUGCUGAGGAGACCUGGCUGGCCCUGAUGAUCAUCAUGGAGCACACCAAAAAUAAUCCAUAUUAAACAUAUAACAAUGCUUCUGAGCCAAGCUUCCUAAAAGAGUGCUAAUAAAAGACACUUAAUCAA